AUGCCUAAACCACAGUGUUGGGGAGGGGAGAAAAAGUAGCCACCUAAGCAUGUUUACUUUCAGCGACAAGGAAGUUCUCACUUGUCCCUAAGUGGUGACUCACUGGGUUGGGACUAUAAAAGUAAAGGUAAUUGCUCUCUAAAACAUCAGGGCUUCAGACUUCACAAAUCCAACAUGAUGCAAUCAAGACUUUCAGCUGGCUUCUUUUUCUUGUUGGGUUUGUCAUUUUGCCUGACAAUCCCCAUUCCCCUUGAAGAUAGCCAUGAAUUCACAGAGAAAGACCUUCAGUUUGCAGAGCGCUAUCUCAGGACUCACUAUGAUCUCCGUCCAAAUCCUGCUGGCAUAAUGAGGAAGAGUGCCAACACAGUGGCAUCUAAACUUCGAGAGAUGCAAGCGUUUUUUGGCUUGGAGGUGACAGGCAAAUUAGAUGAAGAAACAUAUGAGCUGAUGCAGAAACCAAGAUGUGGUGUCCCAGAUGUGGGGGAAUAUAACUUUUUCCCUAGAAAACUCAAAUGGUCAAAAACUAAUUUGACAUACAGAAUUAUGAAUUACACUUCAGAUCUGAGACGUGCUGAAGUAGACAGAGCUUUCAAAAAAGCAUUCAAAGUUUGGUCUGAUGUGACACCGCUUAACUUCACCAGAAUACGAAGUGGUAUAGCUGAUAUCAUGAUCUCCUUUGGCACUAAAGAACAUGGUGACUUUUACCCCUUUGAUGGACCCUCUGGAUUACUGGCUCAUGCUUUCCCCCCUGGUCCAGACUACGGAGGAGAUGCCCAUUUUGACGAUGAUGAAGCUUGGUCAGAUGAUUCUAGAGGGUAUAACUUGUUUCUUGUUGCUGCCCAUGAAUUUGGUCAUUCACUGGGACUUGAACACUCUAGAGACCCUGGAGCUCUGAUGUUUCCAAUUUACACAUACACUGGAAAAACUGGUUUUGUGCUUCCUGAUGAUGAUGUGCAAGGGAUCCAAGAGCUCUAUGGUGCUGGAGACAAAGAUCCCAACCCAAAACAUCCCAAAACACCAGAGAAAUGUGAUGCAGAUUUAUCACUUGAUGCAAUAACAGAACUUCGUGGAGAAAUGCUGGUAUUCAAGGACAGGUUUUUCUGGCGACUGCACCCUCAGAUGGUUGAGGCAGAACUGGUGUUACUGAAAUCCUUUUGGCCAGAGCUUCCAAAUAAAAUAGAUGCAGCUUAUGAAAACCCAAUCAAAGAUCUUGUGUUCAUGUUUAAGGGAAAGAAAGUCUGGGCUUUGAAUGGCUACGACAUAGUUGAAGACUUUCCUAAAAAGAUAUAUGAAAUGGGGUUCCCAAAAGAAAUUAAAAGAAUAGAUGCAGCUGUCCAUAUUAAAGACACUGGCAAGACUCUCUUUUUUACUGGAAAUAAGUACUGGAGUUAUGAUGAAGAGUUGGAGGUUAUGGAAGCAGGCUACCCCAGGCUGAUAGAGGAAGAAUUCGCAGGAAUUGGUGACAGAGUGGAUGCAGUCUAUCAAAGAAAUGGUUACCUCUACUUUUUCAAUGGACCGCUGCAGUUUGAAUACAGCAUCUGGAGCAAAAGAAUUGUCCGUGUCCUGCAUACUAACUCCAUAUUUUGGUGCUAA